AUGACUGAGCUGUGGUCCGACCUACGAGGUCUCCUCGGCAAGACCGAGUUGAUUGCCAAAGACCUCGAAUUCUUCUCCACGAUAUCCAUCUGCAAUACCUACAUCUCCAAUACUGCUUACCGACCCAUUCCAUUCCUUACCCGUUACGACAAGACCGGAGCCAACAGAUUUUUCAGCAAGACCAUCAACUCCACGGAAACGGUUCCCAGGCUCUUGUCGAUGUUGCUAGCAAAAUAUGUGGAUUCUACUGCUAGUCGUGCUGAUGGCCCGAGUCAAGGCGACGGGGGAAAGGAGCCUUUGUGUGUCACUUUUGCUCAGUUAGGACCCGAUGUGGGCGGAUUCCAAGACACUUUACAUGGCGGGGUUAUGGCGUCGCUCCUUGAUGAGUCCAUCGGACUUUGCGCCGAGGCAUAUCGAGAAUUCGUUGCGAAGGAUUCUCUAUCCCGAUUGUACACUGCCAACCUCGAGAUUUCCUACCGUGCACCCGUUCCCGCCCCAGGGAUUCUUGUGAUUGAAACAUGGCUCAAGAAGAAGGAAGGGAGAAAAUAUUUCUUGGAGGCUCGUGUCCUGUCGGAAAAUGGGAAUGUCAUGGUGGAGGCGAAAUCUCUCUAUAUUAGCGCUCGGUCACCCGCUGCUCUAUAG